GGAUAAGGGUAGAAUUUAUUCCAUCCAAAAAUGUUCGGGCUAGUUCGGUUAUUAUGCUACAACAAGGAAGUAAGAAAACAAGAGAAAAAAAUUAGAUCUAUUUGAUAAUUGAUUUAUUGAGUUACAGAGCACAGCACAGUUCUGCAGAAAAUGAACAAGUUCUAUGUAUUGCUGUUUGGAGGACUUUUAUCUGCAAUUUGUGAAUCAAAAACGGUAACAGUUUCAUCAUCAAACUGUGGUGGCACAUACACUCUAGAUGAUGAUGAGUCUUUGUAUCUAAACUACUACGGAGCAAGUAUAUCAGAAUGCAGAUAUACUGUAAAUCUUCGUGACAUCACCGACGAGAUUUGUUCUUCUGCAGAAAAGUUUGAUGUGGAUGACUGUGAUAUCAAGCUAGAGUAUCACGAAGGCUCCUAUGUCUCAUUUAUUGCUGAUGAGACCUAUGGAUGUAGUAAAUCGCAGUGGUCUGAUUACUGUACAUCAUUCAGUACACUAGUUAUUGUGUUUAAGAACUCUGGGGGUUCAUCAUCAGAUUCAAUAAAGCUGAAAGUCUCUGCUAAAGAUAAUGCAAUUGUCAGUGCUGUAGUGACAAGCGUCUAUGUGAUUGUUGGUAUAAUAGUUGGGGUGGUUGUGCUGGUAAUCAUUGUAACAGUUGUUGUCAUAUGUGUCUGUUGUCGACGACGUAGGAGCCAGGCUGGGACAGUUUACAGGGCCCAACAACCUGCUGUAGUGACAACAACCACAGCAGGAUAUCCCAUGCAGAGUCAAGCUGGAUACCAGCCAGUCCAGCCUAUCUACCAGCCACAACAGGCUCCACCGAUGGGGUACCAGCAGCCAGCACCACAGACAGGAUACCCUCCACCUGCAGGGUACCAGCCUGCACAGCAAGCAGGAUACCCUCCUCCUGCACAACAGGGGUAUGCUGGGUACCAGACUGGGGCAGAUCCAAAUCCUGAUGUAAAAGCUUCAGCUCCACCCAUGCAGCCACCUCCCUAUCCUGGGAACUGAAGAGUUACCAUAGAAACAUGACCAUGGCAACAGGACAGAUAUUAGUGAUUUAGUGAAAGAAAUCUUACAGCUACAUAAAUUGAUUGAUUCUGUUAAACGGCACAGAAGGAGAUGUACAAUUUCCAUCAUAGAGUUUUAUACUCCUGAGACAUACACUUUAAUCUUGUGAGAUUGAGUUAUCUUUGUCAUAUUCACCUUUGAAAAAUUUUUUUAUUUCCGAUCUACCAAAUUCAUAGAAAUUCAACCUCUCCAGAGCAACAACCUCUUUGUACAACAAAACCAUUUCAGUAUCUAAGGUUUGUUCUAGAGAUAUUGCACAGCUUUAUUUACAUUUGGAAUGGCAGAAAAGUUUCUUAUUUAUAAAAUGAUUGUUAAAAGACUAAUGUUAUGGUAUUUAGUUAUUUAUAAACUUUGUUAGUAGUAAUUGUAUCAACCAUUUUAUAUAGUUGGUUAAGAUGUUGUUAGUAUCCAUGGUAUCAGAAAUGAUAGGGUACUCCAGCUGGCUGGGGUGUUGUUGGUUCCCUGAGAACAGUCAUAUGCAUUUAACUUUUUGAUAUGAGCCGCACCAUGAGAAAACCAACAUAGUGUGUUUGCGACCACCAUGGAUCCAGACCAGCCUGCGCAUCCACAGUCUGGUCAGGAUCCAUACUGUUAGCUUUCAAAGCCUAUUGCAAUUAAGAGAAACUGUUAGCAAUCAGCAUGGAUCCUGAACAGACUGCGUGGAUGCGCAGUCUGGUCUGGAUCCAUGCUGGUUGCAAACACACUAUGUUGGUUUUCUCAUUGUGAGUCUCAUAUAUAUAUUUGAUUAAUAUUUUGAAUAUUUACUUAAAAUCCCAAUAAAUUUUUGAAAUAGUGUUCAAGAGUUAUGUUUUAGGGCAUAAUGCAUUUACUCUGAGCUGUCUGAGUCAGCAAUCUGACUAAAGUACUUGAUCUUCUAAACGAAGAUCUGAGAACGACCCAUUCACAUUCGUCUUCUGUAGAUUUUGGAUUUCCAGUAUUGCUAUUUUUAUUUUAUCCAAUCAGACGACUUGUUCGAAUGUCAAAGAGUAACAAAAAUGUGAAGUCAUUCCAGGGCUCGAACCCGGGACCCCUCGCUUACAAAGCAAGUGACCUACCGAUUGAGCUAGGCAGCUAUCUGAUACAUUAUGACAUAAGAAUUGUAAAUAUCAAAAGUCAAGGCUACAGGUAGAUUUGCAAGAUGUUGUAAGUUAGGCUCUGAUUGGCUAGCGAAAGGGUCAUCAGAACGAGGCAAUGAAUAGGUCGUUCUCAGAUCCUAUGCGUAGCGUAAUAGGAGAUGUACUUUAGUCAGAUUGUCUGAGUCAGUUGCUCAUUUAUCUGCGGGUAAUAAAUCUCAAAUUGGUGUUCCAAACUUGUAUGGUAGCAUUUUGUUAAAAUUUGAAUUGUUAUUUGUUUUGUAAAUAACCUUUGCAGCUAAUGUUUAUUGCUUGAAAAAACAGAGUCUGAAUAAAGUUUGUUUUUGGCUCAUCUGAUUUUUUGAAAAAAAAAAAAAAAACGAGUUAUUUAAAUCUUGUCUUGAUAGGGCAAUCAAAGAAAUAUAAAUGUCCUCGAUGUUUCCAUUUUAGAAUGUUUUUAUGUAAAAAGAUGUCCUUUAAAAAAUAAUUGUUUGAUUUUGUUAGACUUACAAAGAUGAAUAAUGAAGCUGUAACAAAAUUAUCAAAAUAGGUUGCAUAUUUUCAAAGUCCAUACGAAGUCAAUAGCAAGCUGAUCCUAUUCUGUCAUUCAUUUCACAUGAACACCGAAAAAGAAAGUUUCAUUUCUUAUAUUUACAUUAUAUUUCCUUUCCAUUUGUAAACAAGAUUAUAUUAUAAAUUUCACACGUUUUGUUGCAUUCAACAUUAAAAUCAGCUCCCUGACUAUUUUGUUAACCAGACAGAACAACUGCGACGUCAUCUAAGGAACGUUCUCCCUGACUAUAUGCAGACGUUGUAAAAACAGCAGCCCGUUACUACUACGCAGCGUUGAGGUAAAUUUUGCGCCAUUACUUCUGCUGAUCAUAUGAAAUGAAAGUGAUUAUUUUCAAUGGAAAAGAAUAGGGCAAAUGUAAAUAUUUAUUGUUGUUGUAUAGAGAUCUUUUUGAAGCAUAGAUGAUAACAGAUUCAGAUAUAAUGUGCGCCAUACCAUUUUUAGCUCGUCUAUUCGAAGAAAAAGUAGAGCUAUCCUACUCACGACGGUGUCACACCUUUGUUAAGUUUUUCGUACAAGUCCACAUUUUGACAAAGUCUUUUGUGAUAAAGCUUUGAAACUUUCAACACUUGUUUACCAUCACCAUGUCCAGUAAUAGGCAAGAGUACAUAACUCCAUUAAUGAUUUUGGCUGAAUUAUGGCUUUUAACUUAGAAAUCUUGGUUAAGUUUUUCGUACCAGUUCAUAUUUUGUGUAAAGUGUUUAACUUAUGGCUUUGAAACUUUUAUCCCUUGUUUAUUAUAACAGUCUCUAGCUGUAGACAAGAGUACAUAACUCUUUCAACUAUUUUGGCUGAAUUAUGGCCCUUUUUGGGCUGGAAAUUGGUUCAGUUUCUGUACAAGUCCAUGUUUUGUAAAAACUAUUUGACAUAUGGCUUUUAAACGUUGAACACUUGCUUAUCAUCAUGAUUUCCAUCUGUAGGCAAGAGUACAUAACUCUUGUCAACUAUUUUGGCUGAAUUAUGGCCCUUUUUGGACUCGGAAAUUGGUUCAGUUUUCGUACAAGUCGGCUUUUAUGAAAACUACUUGACCGUGUUGAUAUAUGGCAUUGAAACUUUAAAGAUUUCUUUAUUAUCAUGAUCAUAAUCUGUAGGCAAGAGUACAUAACUCUGCUAUUUUGGCUGAAAUACGGCCCUUUUUGGACUUGAAAAUCAGUUAAAUCCAUAUUUUGCCUAAGCUGUUUCGUCAUAUAGCUUUGAAACUUUGACCAUUUGUUUACCAUCAUAGUCUACAUAUGUAGGCAAGACUACAUAACUAGGACAAGGACUUUAGCUCAGUUAUGGUCUAUUUUUACCAUUCCAUAUUUUGUUUUAACAGUUUGAUAUAUGGCUUUGAAACUUUGAACACUUGCUUACCAUCAUGGUCACACAUUGCCAUAUAGUGCAAGACUUAUCAAAAUCCACAAAUACAGGUUCUUUGUUUGUCUUAUAUAUUUUUUUCCCUUUGUCUGAAAAUCUAUGGUAAUAUUUUGACCCCAUACUUCCAUCAAUUCUUCGAAUAGUCGAGCGCGCUGUCAACCGACAGCUUUUGUUAUCACAAAGCAGAACUCUUGUUACACAUGACAUUAACCUUUAGCCUGCUGGUGGCAAAUGAUUCUGCCUUUGCGACCAGUGCCAAUGAAGAUCAGCCUGCACAUCAGUGCAGGGUGAUCAUGGUCUGCACUGUUCGCUAUUCAGUCAGUCAAUUUUCAUUGAAUACCCCUUUGAAUAAUAAAUGGUAUUGUCCAAAUUGAAUGAUGGACCAGUCCAUUUUAGAAAUUUAGCAGGAUAAACGUUAAAUGGACCACAUGAGUAAUAAUAGUAACUGUGAGUAAGGGAGACCUUCUGUAUUAUAUUAACAGGAACAAAACACUAUACCUGCAUCUUGUGAUGUUCUAGUCUAAAGUGUCCUUGACAUAGAUACAUUGUUGAUAUUGAUGAAACAGGUUUCAGGCUAUGAUAUUGGCUGACAAACCAAUUCUUUGUUAUUUAAUUGACUGAAGAGUAGUACAGUAACUAUGGUCUUGUAUUUCUUGUUAGUUAGAAUAGCAAAUACUUAAUGUUAAUGUUGUGCCAUCCUUCUUUAAUACACACUAGAAAAAUGCUACUUUUUGUUUCAUAAAUGAGGAUAUUAUAAAUGUUUUGAAUUUCUUACAUGUGCCAUUUAGCAUGUACAGUAAGGAUAUAUAGAAUGGCUGGAGGCAUUUUAAUUGUAAAGUGUUUUCUUUUUUACAUAUACUAUAAAGUACUGCAGAUUCAUAUAUUUUUCUGAAAGAGUUAAGUUAUGUAAAUGAUACUCAGUUUCAUCAAAUUUUUUUUUACAGUGUGGACAUAUUAGUAAGUGGAGAUAUAAUGAAACUACAAAUUCUGACUGUCCAAGAUUGGUCAAUUGGGAAAUAGAUUUUAGUUUUGCGUGCUUUGUUAGCAAAAAAAACAAAAACACGGUUUAGAGUUCAGAUGCGUAGUAAUCUUAUCGCGAAGGCAGAAGGCUAGCCUGGCUCCCUGGCUUCAUGGUUAUUUUUUUAUAUAAAUACUGCAAGCAAAAUAAGAAAAUCUUACGCCUCUAAAAUAGCACAUUUGAUCUGAUGGCUGAACCAUACUAUGUUCGGAGCCAGGGGCAAUAAAAAAUGUCAAUGUAGAAACAACCUGCAGGAGUUACUUCCCUCUUAAUGAAUAAACUUAUAUAUGUGUAAAUAAGAACAAACAUAGGGACAGGAGCCAGUCUAGCAGAAGGCCUGAGUGAUUUAUUACGAGGCAUCUUACCGAAAAAACAUUCUUUUUUUGCCAACAAAGCAUGCAAAACUUAAAUCAAUUACACAAGGAAGGGGUACUAAACUGGAAUCUUUUUUGGGCAUGAAUGGAUGGAAUAAACCAGAAUAGCCAGAAGUAGGUCAUUUUGUGAAACAUGUUUAAAUUGACAAGACAAUACACUGUAAAAUCCUUCUUUGUUUAUGUAAAAGAAAAUCUUAAAAUACUGUAUAUGACAUGUCUUUUACAUAAUUUGAUAUGAAAUAUCAGUUUCUUUGUGCCUUUAAGGAUGGUCUUCUUUUUUUGUCAUGUAAUUACUAUUUGUUUAAAACGUUUUGAGCAUAUUCUUGUUCCCUGACAUUUUGACACAUGUUAGAAUUUGAUUGUAAAUAUUUUUAAAAUGGGACUUUUUAUAUUUAUAAUUGUUGCCCAACAAAGAAAGAACUUUUCAACCUAAAAAUAAAUUUACAUUGCCUACAAAGUUAUAGAUUUUUAUGUACAGUUUUAUAACAUAUUCUCACUCUUUGCUUUGAAAUGUAUGUAUGUAUUUCCGCCAUUUCGGUUUAUAUCUUGGAAGAUAGAAAGUAAUUUGUUUCAAAAGAUAUGAUCAGUUUAGCUUUCCUAUCGGUUUUGGUGAUAUCCACCAAAAAGCUGAAAAACAAAAACAGAGAAACAUGAAAUCCUGUUGAAAGAGAGAGAAAUUUACAGCUUUUUAAUGUGAUUAAAUAUUUUCACUAUAGGCCAGCCUAGUCACUAAGUUAUCUUUGGUUAAGAACAAGGGCAGGUAUGCAAUACAGGGCUUUCCUGGCACAAUUUUUUGUAAGUACAUGUACAUGUAGAGAAAUACAAACUGUGAAAAAUGUUUUGAAAUGUUCCUUGGAUUUCCACUUUAUUGCAUAAUGUUUGUAAUUAUGCUUAUUUUAGUACUGCAAAUGUCAUUUUCUACACAAUUUUCUAUGUAUCGUACACUAAUCAAGUGCUAGUCAAAACCAUAUUCAAAUGCUUUUUUUAUUGUUUACAUAUUUUAAUUCUGAUCUGUUACAGCAGGUAAUAUUUGUUAUGUACAUAUUUCUGGUUUGUAUUUGCUUUCUGUGUAACUUGUAACUUGAAAUUUGGCUUGAAUGUAGGGAUAAUGCAUGUUUUUUCAUGUUAUAACAUCUGCACAAUCUCUAGGGAUUGGUUGGUGCCGGAGCCCAUUCGGGCGCUGGUACCAACGUAUCUCGAGGGAUUAUGCAGGGAUUGGUUGGUGCCGGUGCCUAUUCGGGCGCUGGUACCAACGUAUCUCGAGGGAUUAUGCAGAUGUUAUAACAUGAAAUGAACAUGCGCUAACGCUAUUCUAGCAUAAAACGCGUAAAAACUGAUAAAUGAAUACAAUGUCACUCGACUAAAUGCCACAGAACGCGCAUAUAUAAAAAGGUGUUAUAACAGCACGCGAGUGCGAGAAUCUCUCUGUUAACACAUGUUUUCCCUCCUGUUAAAAUGCCCCCGAAAAGUGACAAGAACAGCAGUUUUAUGCUAGAAUGUCAGCUAGAACUGUGUUUUGAAAUAUAAGCAACAGUAUGUUGAGUAUUUUUAUGCAAAUGACUGCUUACUAUAUGUUGAAAGUUUCGUUAUAAUUCUUGAAGCCCUGUGUUAGUCACUAUAAUCAGUUCGACUGUAAAUGCGCUGGAGGUCACAAAUUCUUCCCAGUUUUAAUGAAACACAAUGAGAAUGUUUGUAUUAUAAACAUUUUGGAUGUAUUUUUGCUGGGUCGUCUUUUAAAACAGUUUACUAAGUCAAGUAAUGACAAUGCAUUCUCUAGAAACUAUAUUUUCUAACUAAAUCUUUAUGAAACUUUGUCAGAAUUAUUAUAUAAAGACUAUCUAGACCAAGUUCAAAACUGGGUUAUUUUAAAUUAAAAAACAAGGUCACUGUAUUUAAAACCAUAGAAGAAAUGACUGCCUGUGUCAUGUGUUGUUUUCUAGGGCCAGUACAUCAAAGGUCAAGGUCACAGUAACCUUAAGACUUAAAAUAGUUUUUUUUAUCAAGUUUGUUAAUAAUAGAGCCUACAGCUAUUAAAUUACAUAAGGUUAUCUAUUGUCAGAAGAUGAACAUAGUUGUAUUUUGGGACCAUUGACCAUUAAACAGAAAAGUAGUUUUUGAUGAAACUGGAAAAUUCUUAAGUACUGCACCAUAUGUAGAUGAAUGCUAUUGAUUUGUAGUAAAAUUUAAAAGGUCAGGGUCACACUGAAUUAAAACAAAAUUUAGUUUAGGCUCUUCAGCUUGAGAAAAAUUAGGGUUUAUGGCUUUUAAGCUUCAUUGUUUGGUUUCCUAUGCUUUUAUGUUGCACUUUGCUUUUUUGUUGCCCUUUUAUUAGCUCGAUUAUUCGAAAAAUAGUCUAGCUAUUCUACUCACCCUGGUGUCGGUGUCGGUGUCGUCACACCUUGGUUAAAGUUUUACAUGCAAGUACAUACAGCUAUCAUUUAAAGGCAUAUAGCUUUGAAACUUAUUUUUUUCUUUUUUCAGGUAAAUUACCAACCUCACUGGGUCAAGUUCCAUAACUCUGACAAGUACUUUGAGCAAAUUAUGCCCCUUUUUGGACUUCCUUUUGGACUUUUGAAAAUCCUGGUUAAAGUUUUACAUGCAAGUUACUAUCAUCAAAACUAAUGCAGAUAUUGAAUUGAAACUCCACAUGUGUCUUCGGGGUUAUAAAAUUAGCUGAUAGUAUCAAGUCCCAUAACUCUGACCUGCAUUUUGGCCAAAUUAUACCCCCUUUUGGACUUAGAAAAUCCUGGUUAAAGUUUUGCGUCCAAGUACAUACAGCUGUUACGUAAAGGCAUAUACAUUUGAAACUUAUUUUUUAUUUUUAUAGAUCAAUUGCCAACCUCACUGGGUCAAGACUCAUAACUCUGACAUGUAUUUUGGGAAGAUUAUGCCCCCUUUUAGAAUUAGAAAGUUUUGCAUGCAAGUUACUAUCUGCAUAACAAUUGCAGAUACUAAAUUAAAACUUCACAUGUGCCUUCGGGGCUAUAAAACUAAUUGAUUACAUCAAGUACCAUAACUCUGACAUGCAUUGUGGUCAAAUUAUGUCCUCUUUUGAACAUAAAACUUCUGGUUAAAGUUUUGCAUGCAAGUUACUAUCUCCAAAAAUGAUGCAGAUACUGGAUUGAAACUCUGUAGAUAUUUUAACAUUUAGGGUAAUAUUUUCCUGCUUUUGGGACAAUAAUUCGAAUAGUCGAGCAUUGGCUGUCUUAUGGACAGCUCUUGUUUAUGCAUUAUGUUGUUCAAAAUCUUUAAAUGUAGAUGUCUAUAUUCACGGGUGAUAGAUCUGUCUUAUACACAUGUGAAAAUUUCAGAAAUAUGUCCUUUUUGAAUUUUAGUGAAGUGAUCUUAUUUUUUUAAAGAAGAGAUAUCCAUAUACAGCACUGUGCUUUUUUAAAAAAAACUUUUUUAUAUUGGGAUAAGUAUGUUUUCUUUGUUUUCUUUAAGUUUGGCAUUUUUACUGGCAGAGAAUCUCAGAAAUACAGCAUUAAAUGCUUUAAAAAGUAAUAUAUUUGAUUAAAUCGAUAUUUUGACUUAUUUUUCUUGCCUUUUUGUAAGCUUGUCUGAUUUUUUUUUUACAAUCAUUGACAGGGUAUUGUCAUGAUAUUACAGUUUUCUAAAAGUUCUUUUUUCUGUAUUUUUUUUUUUUUACUGUGAACAUUAGUAUGUUUUCAUUAGACAUUUUUGUUAAGGCCAAUUGUUUUUUGAUAUUUACAAAUGCUAAUAUAUACUUGAAACUUGCUAUAGUUAUUUAUCAUGAUUAGUUCACUAAGCAGGCGAAGAAACACAACUCGGCCUUACAUUUUGAUAAACUUUAAUGUCCCAUUUUUAACUUGAUUUUUUUAAUGAUCCACUUUUUGAAGACUGACAGAACUGUGAAAUUUUAUACGCUUGUUUAACUCUCUCUUCCUCUCUCUCUGUCUCUUGUUAGAAUAAAGAUCUCUUUUUGGAUUAUUUAACCCGCCCGCUUAGCUCAGUUAGGUAGAGCGUUGGUCUACGGAUCGCGGGUCGUGAGUUCGAUUCUCGGAUGGGGCAUAUGUUCUCCAUGACGAUUUGAUAUACAACAUUGUGUCUGAAAUCAUUAGUCCUCCACCUCUGAUACAUGUGGGGAAGUUGGCAGUUACUUGCGGAGAACAGGUUUGUACUGGUAUAGAAUCCAGGAACACUGGUUAGGUUAACUGCCCGCCGUUAUAUGACUGAAAUACUGUUGAAAAAUGGCGUUAAACCCAAAUCAAACAAACAAACAAACUUUUGGAUUAUUUAAGUAUAAUGUCCUCUUCUGUUCUUACAAAAUUUUUGGAGUUCAGAUGCAAAGGAAUUAUAGCAUGAGGUAAAAAAUCUAUUGCAUGAAAAAAAUAAAUAUUGAAGCUUGUCCUGAACUGUUUUUCUUUCCCCUUUGUUAUAUUUCAUUGUGAUGUUGUUGAUCUGAACUCAUACAUGUAUAUAAUUUAUUUACAUAUUUAAAUAAACAUGUAACUACA